AUGGAAAAACAACUAAGUAUUUCUAUUGGUCCUGAAGUUAAAGGAGAAACCCGCGUUCGUCGCUCUGUAUUAUCUCCUAAUGAACUAUUGACCACACCGGCUGAUGGUGUGACUACGCUAUACGAAGUUCUUCAGUAUAGUGUUAAGACAUUCGGUGAUAAAAGAUGUAUGGGUUAUAGGACAAUUGAGAAAGUAGUUGAAGAAGAGAAGGAGGUUACAAAAAUAGUUAACGGACAGGAACAUAAAGAGAAGAAAAUUUGGAAGUAUUUUCAGUUGUCGUCUUUUACAUAUUUGAGUUAUGUGGAAGUUGCAGAACAUACGAAGUGGAUCGGAGCCGGUCUAGUCAAAUUGGGAGUGCAUAAAAACGCGAAGGUUACUGUUUUUGCAUCUACUAGCAUUAAUUGGAUGCUUUUUACACAUGGGUGCUUUGAACAAGGAAUCACCAUUGUGACUGCAUACGAUACUUUAGGGGAACAGGGCCUCUUACACUCCAUGAAUGAAUCUGAGGUUCAAGCAAUCUUUACCAAUGCAGAUCUCUUUCCAGUGGUGAAAAAAGUCAUCGAAAAGAUACCAACUCUUGAAUUAUUAGUCUAUGAUGGCAAUCCAGAUGAAAACGUUUUAAAAGAAUUAAAAGCUUUAGUUCCAAAAAUUCGGUUUAUUGCCUUAGAAGAUCUUAAACAGUUGGGGAAAGAUAACCCAACCGAGCCUAACCCACCAACAUCACAGGAUUUUUGUUGUAUCAUGUAUACAUCAGGAAGUACCGGAAAUCCUAAAGGUGUCAUGUUGACUCAUGCUAAUUUGGUAGCUGCGAUUGCUGGUGUCGAGAGAAUGUUACAAACUUUCGUUCGUCCGGAUGAUACGUUGCUUGCUUACCUUCCCCUUGCCCAUGUGCUUGAAUUUGUUGUAGAGCAUACAUGUAUUUGGUGGGGUGUAACUAUGGGUUAUGGUAAUACACGAACUUUGACUGAUGCGUCUGUACGUAAUUGCGCCGGUGAUAUUCGUGAAUUUAAACCCUCGCUGUUGACCGGUGUUCCUGCUGUGUGGGAAUCUAUUAGGAAAGGAAUUUUGACGAAGGUUCAUGCAGGCAGUCCAACAUUGCAAAGAGUAUUCAAUACUGCGUUCAAAACAAAAAGAUGGCUUCAGAACAAGGGCUUGCCUACUAAAGUAUUAGAUACUGCUAUAUUUAAUAAGGUUAGGGAACAGACCGGUGGACGCUUGCGACUUGCUCUUUCAGGUGGAGCUCCUAUUGCGCAGGAGACACAAGAAUUUCUGACUGUUACUUUAUGUCCAAUUUUACAAGGAUAUGGAAUGACGGAGACGUGCGGGAUGUGCACAAUUUUACCACCAGAACAAUUCCGAUACGAAUCUACCGGUGCACCGGUUCCAUGUUUAGAAAUUAAGUUGGUAGAUGUUCCAGAUGCAGGUUAUCUAUCCAAAAAUAAACCACGACCUCAGGGUGAAAUUUGGAUUCGUGGUGGUUGUGUAACAUCAGGUUAUUACAAAAAUGAACAAAUCACAAAAGAGACAUUUACUGAAGACAGAUGGCUUCAAACAGGGGACAUAGGCGAAUGGCUUGAAGAUGGAACAUUGGCAAUCAUUGAUCGAAAGAAAAAUUUGGUGAAGUUGUCGCAUGGUGAAUAUAUUGCCUUGGAAAAACUUGAAUCCAUUUAUAAAUCUACAAUCUUUGUAUCCAAUAUUUGCGUACAUGCGGACCCACUUCAAAAUCGCCCAGUGGCCUUAAUAUUUCCGGUGGAAGCUCAGAUUCUUAAUCUCGCCAAAGAAAAAAACAUAAGUGGUUUAAGUUUUGAGCAAUUAUGUGAAAAUAAAGAAAUAACUGGAGCUGUCUUGCAGGCUUGUCUUACUCAAGCUAAGAAAUCAAAUUUAAAGCCUGUCGAAUUAUUAUCUGCAGUUACAUUGACACCCGAAGAAUGGAAUCCACAAAAUGGUCUUCUGACUGCUGCGCAUAAAAUUAAACGUAAGGAAAUAGGAAUUAAGUAUAAGGAAGCCAUUGAUCGUAUGUAUGGGAAGGCAUAA